AUGAGGCACCUCAUUGUUCACAAGCUUACCGACAAGUCCAAGCUUCUUCAAGACUCCGACCAGAAUAACAACAGUACUCCACCCCCACAGAGAGAGAGGAGACAGCGAUGGAGGCAGAACGACAAGCCCUGCCAGUAUACUCGCAGCAUCAAUGACCUACGCCCGCCUCGCCGCCACCUCAACGAACCCCCGCAAGCUCCGCCUCCUCUCCCUCCUCCCGUCGCCAUCCUCCUCCCUCUCCUCCCCUGCACUCACGCUCGCCUCCACCUCCACCAUGUCCGCACCAUCUCCGCCUUCUUCCUAGCCUGGCUCGGCGUCUUCAAGCUCCUCCUCCUCUCCUUCGGCGUGGGCCCCCUCUCCCCUUACCUCCCUCUCCCCACCUUCAUCGCCAUCUCAUCUCUCCCCCUCAAGCUCCGCCCUCCCAAUUCCCCUCCGACUUCAAAAAGAUCCCAAAUCUUGAUCCCCACCUUCAUCAAAUCCCUCCUCCUCGCUUCUCUAAUCUCCCUCUACCAGCACAGACCCCGAUUGAAUCGCUGUUUAGUCCUGGCCAUGUACUGCCUCCACAUCUAUCUCGCUCUCGACGUCGUCCUCGCCUCGGCGGCGUUUCUCGCUGGCUCCCUCCUCGGCCUCGACCUCGAGCCCCAAUUCGACGCUCCGUUCAAGUCCACUUCGCUGCAGGAGUUCUGGGGUCGCCGUUGGAAUCUAAUGGUCACCGGGAUACUCCGACCGUCGGUCUACCGCCCGAUCCGGUCCCGGUACGGCGCGGCCGCUGGGUUCAUGGCGGUGUUCCUCGUCUCGGGGCUGAUGCACGAGGUGAUGUUCUGGUAUGUCACGCUGGGGGGGCCCACCGGGGAGGUGACGCUGUUCUUUUUGAUUCACGGGUGCACGGUGGCGGAGGUGCGGGCGAGGAGGGCUGGUGGUGGAGGCCUCCGCUGCGGCGGCGCGCCUGUGACGCUGGGUUUGUGUGGCGACGGGUUUAUGGCUUGUUUUUUCCGCCGGUGUUGA